AUGCCACUUCACUCCUCUCUCGCAGCGGUGGUGGCAGCCCUCCUCAUAGCGCCAGUCGCCCAUGCCGAACCCCUCGUCGGCUAUGGCACGAGUAAUUACGAGAUUCCAUGCCUAUACGCCUGCGGUUAUGCUAUCCCUACAACCCUCGACUGCCCAGAGUAUGCGGGCAUGACUGCAGAGGAGAGAGCCGCGGCGUAUCCCUCCUCAAUUUGCUUUGGCAAUGAUACUUCGUAUCUGACCUCGAUUGCGUGGUGCAUUCACGGACAUUGCGAUGAGUCUGUCAAACUCUGGGAGAUUGAGAAACACUGGGAAGAGGAGCUCUUCUAUGGCUCCACUGACCCAGGAGUUGUUCUUCGGUAUACCUACACCGAGGCACUUGAUCAGAUCGAUACAAAGCAUCCCCCGAAACCUAUGGGCACCGAUACGGUUUUGAACCGCACAAUUACUCUCACUGCUGAGGAGUAUCUUGGCUAUAUCAAUGCUGUUACCGGAUUUGCAAUCAUUGCCAAGAAUGAAGCUACCUUCUCUCUCCUUGUAUUCCUUGGCGGCGCUGUGGCUCCUGUCGGAUUGUCCCUACUCCGUCUGCUUCCCUGGCCCGUUAAGCUCCGAAGCAAAUUCUACGCAUACCUCAUCGAUCCACCUGUGUUUGGCAAACGUCAUAACGUACCCGUCCUUGGCCUAGCUAUGGUCCCUACCCGCGGCCAGGCGAUAUUUAUCAUCUACAUUAUCGUCAUCAAUACCGUCGCUGCUUUUGUGGGAUAUCCCCGCUAUACGCCAAAUUCUUGGUAUCCUGAUCGUUCCUAUGAGCUUACUCGUCAUAUUGCCAACCGUCUGGGAAUGUUAUCUUUCGCCAAUAUCCCGCUUACUAUUAUUUACGGCGGCAGAAACAACAUGCUGAUGUGGCUUACCAACUGGUCACACUCAACAUUUCUGCUUCUCCACCGCUGGGUGGCUUUUGCUUGUACUAUGCAAGCCUGUAUCCAUUCCGCCAUGUGGCUACACCUUAUGGUCGCGCAGGACUCAUAUUUCCAGGCUGCUGCCAUGCCUUAUUGGUACUGGGGGAUUAUCGGAACCUUGUCUUUGAGCCUUCUGAUUCCUUUGUCUAUGCUACCGAUCCGGGUCAAUUGGUACGAGGUCUUCCUCAUUGGCCAUAUUGCUCUAGCCAUCACAUCGAUUGCAGGUGCAUGGUAUCACAUCCUUUACCUCUAUGAUGGCUCGGAUGGCUUUGAUGUCUGGUUAUUCGUGGCAAUGGCUGUCUGGGCCUUUGACAGAUUGUUGCGCGUCGCCAGGAUCAGCAAGCACGGGUUGAAGAGAGCAUACGUCACUAAGGUUGAUGAUGAGUAUAUCCGCAUCGAUAUCCCCGGUGUCGACUGCCGCGGGUACUGCUAUGCCUAUUUCCCAACCCUUUCAUGGCGUAUGUGGGAGAACCAUCCUUUCUCAAUUGCUGGUCUUAACGCCGGCGAUCAUGGUUUUUGUGCAGAGUCUUUGACUUCUACCUCGAACUCGAACUCUGACUGCGAAGGCUCAGCCGUGGUGGUUGACGCUGCUGCGAGAAAGGAGGCUGGCAUUGUUACAACCAGAACUCGUUCCAUUGCCACUCUGAACGAGAAGCAAGCCGGGAUUACCAUCUUCGUCCGUCCCCACAAGGGUCUCACCAAGCUUCUUGCUGGAAAAGCAGGUCUUGAAAUCGGAAUUCCUUGUCUCAUCGAGGGCACUUACGGCCAUGAGGGCAAGACUUAUCUCCAGGGCACCGAAGGGAAAUUUGCCCCUACCCCUGACUACCCGAAUACGCUCUGUAUUGCCGGCGGUGUUGGUGUCACAGCUCUUAUUCCCGCUCUCCAAAGCUCACUCAGCCUGUAUAAGCCCAUCGGAAACACCAAGCUGUAUUGGGGCAUUCGCAAUCGCGGCCUGGUUGAUGCGAUCGAGGGCAUGAUGUUAGGACAGGGUGAUGGCACGAAGGCCAACUGGGGUCGCAUUGAGCCUCAUAUUACGAUCGGGUCGCGCAUGAACGUACGACAAAUCUUAGAAGAGGAGCUGGGAGAGGCUGGAGGCGCCGGGACUACGGUUAUUGUUUGUGGACCCUUGGCUAUGUGCGAUGAGGUACGAUAUGCAGUCGCGGCGUUGGCUCGACAUGGAGCCGUGGUGAGACUCAUGGAGGAGUCUUUGGCGUGGUAG